AUCUUACGAGAUGGCUAGACAGAGCUAUGGAGGACAAAACCCAAAAUCCCCAAGAACAGCCAUCGACAAACAUCACAGAAAUCAGCGAAUCAUGGCCCCGGCGAGCAUGGGCCCACCUCGAGUCUGUACGCCGAGCCUCGCCCCUUAUCCAGUGCAUCACGAACUUCGUCUCCAUGGAUCUCGUCGCCAAUGUUCUGCUCGCCGCCGGCGCCUCCCCGGCGAUGAUACACUCAAUUCAAGAAAUCCCUGACUUCGCGCCCAAGACCCACGCCCUGUACGUAAACGUCGGAACACUCACCCCCGACUGGCUACCACGCAUGAAGACGGCUGGCCGAACCUGUAGGCAUUCCUUGAUGUUGACCGAUCUCUUUCAGGGUGUAGACAGCAUGCAUGACUCAGCGGAUGCAGUUGAAGCAGCAAAGUCGCUGGCUCAAGUUACAGGAAGUGUAGUUGCUGUAUCCGGGGCAGUCGACAUAGUCACAGAUGGCCAACGCUUGGUUGGUGCUAGAAAUGGGGUUGCUAUGCUGCAAAAGAUCACAGCAACAGGAUGCUCCGUCACUGCCCUAAUUGCUGCUUUUGUAGCAAUCGAUCCUCUACGGCCAUUUGAAGCCACAGCCACCGCACUGUCCGUUUUUGGCCUUGCAGCCGAGAUAGGGAUGGAGAUGGCUAAAGGGCCG